UCAUUCCUCCGAAUGGACCGGUGACGAGACCAAGUGAACGUUAGUGUAUUUCCCGCGCCAAAGCAGACAAUCCAUCUCCCUUCCUCGACCACACUCUCCCAUAUCUUCGGAGAAUCAGGUAACUCCGAAUGGACCGGUGACGAGACAACGACUGCGCAUGCGGCGGCUUGUCGGUGUGGCAUGAAGACUGUAUCUUGGCGGCGGUGACUAAAACAUAAAGUCUCAUCUAAACCGCGCCAUAUAUUCACUCCUCUCCCUUCCAAGUCAUUCUUUAUCUUGCCAGCAAAGCUUCCCAAGUUCUCUCCGUCUCUUAUGAAAUGUUACCUUUUCAUAAGCUAUCUCACCACAUUUCAGAAUUACAAGCAUUGGUUUCCUCAUUCCACAAAUCAAUAACAUCACUACAAAACCCACUUCUUCCUUUGGAACUUCUAGCAAAAGCACUAGACCAAAACCCAGACAUCAAAGCCUUGAAAAAUCUCCACUCCAAGAUUUUUCAUCUCAAUUCACAUCAAAAUCCAUCUCUAGGUAUCAAACUCAUGAGGGCAUAUGCCGCUUGUGGAGAACCUGCGUUGACACGCAAGGUGUUUGAUGAAAUGUGUGAGAGGAAUGUUAUUUUCUACAAUGUCAUGAUUAGAAGUUACGUGAAUAACCACCAGUACAAUGAUGGGUUGUUAGUUUUUAAGGACAUGGUUAAUGGAGGGUUUAGACCUGAUAACUAUACAUACCCUUGUGUUCUUAAGGCUUGCUCUUGCUCUGACAGUUUGAGCUAUGGGUUGCUGAUUCAUGGAGCUGUGUUGAAGGUUCGGAUGGAUUUGAAUUUGUUUGUUGGUAACGGUCUUAUUGCUAUGUAUGGAAAAUGUGGAUGCUUGGUUGAGGCGCGGCGUGUGUUUGAUGAAAUGCUGUGUAGAGAUGUUGUUUCGUGGAACUCGAUGGUUGCGGGGUAUGCACAAAACAUAUUGUUUGAUAACGCGUUGGAGAUUUGUAGGGAAAUGGAGGAUUCGGGACAAAGACCGGAUGGAGGUACGAUGGCUAGUCUCAUGCCAGCUGUAGCCAACACUUCACCGGAGAAUGUUUUGUAUGUUGAGAAGAUGUUUGUGAAUUUGGAAAGGAAGAAUUUGGUAUCGUGGAAUGUGAUGAUAAGAGUUUAUAUGAAAAAUUCCAUGCCCAGAAAUGCUGUGGAUUUGUAUUUGCAAAUGGAGAAAAAUGGCAUGGAACCGGAUGCAAUCACAUAUGCUAGUGUUCUUCCAGCAUGUGGGGAUCUUUCGGCAUUGUUGUUGGGAAGGAGGAUUCAUGAAUAUGUUGAGAGGAAGAAAUUACGUCCAAAUUUGCUACUGGAGAAUUCUUUGAUCGACAUGUACGCAAGGUGCGGAUGUUUAGAAGAUGCAAAAAGAGUGUUUGACAGUAUGAAGUUCCGUGAUGUUGCAUCAUGGACUUCAUUGAUAUCUUCCUAUGGUAUGACUGGGCAAGGAUGUAAUGCUGUGGAACUCUUCACAGAAAUGCUGAAUUCUGGCCAAACUCCAGAUUCUAUUGCAUUCGUUGCAAUUCUCUCGGCUUGUAGUCAUUCAGGAUUAUUGGAUGAAGGGAAGUUUUACUUUAAACAGAUGACAAAUGAUUUUAGAAUAACACCAAGAAUCGAACACUAUGCUUGUUUGGUUGAUCUAUUAGGACGUGCCGGCCGUGUAGACGAGGCCUAUAAUUUUAUCAAACAAAUGCCAAUUGAGCCAAACGAAAGAGUUUGGGGGACACUUCUUAGCUCUUGCAGGGUAUAUUCAAACAUGGAUAUUGGACUUUUAGUAGCUGACCACUUACUUCAAUUAGCUCCUGAGCAAUCCGGUUACUAUGUUUUGUUAUCGAAUAUUUAUGCAAAGGCUGGUAGAUGGAAAGAAGUAACGGAUAUCCGAUUAGUAAUGAAGAGAAGAAAAAUUCGGAAAACUCCCGGCAUCAGUAAUGUUGAGCUAAACAAUCAAGUUCAUACAUUUCUUGCGGGCGACACAUCACAUCCGCAGUCAAAGGAAAUAUAUGAAGAGCUAAGUGUGCUGGUGGGGAAGAUGAAAGAGUUAGGAUAUGUACCUGAGACUGAUUCAGCACUUCAUGAUGUGGAGGAGGAGGAUAAGGAAGGCCAUCUAGCUGUUCACAGUGAAAAGUUAGCUAUUGUGUUUGCUCUUUUGAAUACACAAGAGUCUCAAAUUAGAAUUACCAAAAACCUUCGUGUUUGUGGAGAUUGUCACAUUGCUGCAAAGUUAAUCUCCAAAAUAGUUGAACGUGAAAUUGUUGUUAGAGAUACUAAUAGAUUCCACCAUUUUAAGGAUGGUGUUUGCUCUUGUGGUGAUUAUUGGUGAGGGUUCUGAUGAAAAUUUAAACGGAACUCAGCCAUGCUAUAUACUAGAAUUUCGCAAUUUUGAUCGGAAUUUGGUUGUGCAUAUUUAUUGUAAGUUUAUUACACUGUGAAGCCUGAUGACUGCUAUUGGAGCUUAAGUACAGGACGUCUUAGAACAAUUUCCUUUGUAGUGAGAUUAACAUACUGGCAUAUUGUGAAUUUAUCUUUUCAGCACUGAAAUGAUUUGUAUGGUCCGGUUCUGGAUUUUGUUGUUUCUUGUUAACAAGUCAUGACCUCUUUUUGCAUCUUCUAAACCUAUACUAGUGGAUAGAAAAGGGCGUAUGAUGCAUGAAGACAUAAAGAGAGAAAGUUACAGAAGAUAUUUGGGAGAGAAGGACUGAAGUUCACGGAGAGGUGUUUAUAAAGAAAAAGAAGGACCAAAAAUGAGAGUACCAGCAGGAAUUACUUGGAUGAAAAGGCACUGAUAGGUAUUUCAAUUUUAAUAACUAAUGACCCAUCAAUAUCUGGCGCCUGAAGAAUGUUUUUACAGAUUUUCCCAGGUGUCUCAGAUUUUCAACACUUCAUGUCUUUGGUUGCCUUGCCUUUGCUUCUACCUUAUUGCAAGGCACGCAAAAAUUGGAUCAAAGAUCCAGAAAAUCCAUCUUUUAAAGCUAAAAACAAGGGACCAAAGGUUACGGUUUCACGGAUCUUGCUUCUCGACAAAUUUUUCUUUCAAGAAAUGUAGUUGUCUAUGAAGAUUCUUCCCUUAAUUGAUUCUAUUGCCACAAACUGUCCAUGAUGAACCUCUUUGAUUCUUAACUUUCUUAUCAAAUUGAGCCUGCCAUCCAACGAACAUCUUCAAAAUCACCUACUUCAGAAUCUAGUAUGGAUAUUAUUCCCCAAACUAGUCUUGAUACUAUGAUUCAUAAACCACCUCACCGUUUAAAUACUUCGUAUGCAACAAUGUGACCACUACGUCUACACCUUAUCCUCUCCACUUUGUGAUAUCAUAUGGCAAAUUCUCCUAUUUAUAAAAACUUUAUACUUUCCACAUCCUCUCACAUUGAACCCACCAGUAGGGGUGUGCAAGCAUGAUCACUGGUUGGCAGCUAUGGCUAGUGAAUUCCAGUCCAUUUAACUCAACAACACUUGGGGAAAUUGUUGAUCUUCCCCCCUGAUAAAUGCCUACUGGGUGUAAAUGGGAUUACACGAUCAUGUAUACGAUUUAUGGAUCUAUUGAACAUUAUAAAGUUUGUUCAGUUGCAAGAGGUUAUACCCAAACUGAAGGAAAAUACUUUCUAGACGCGUUCCCCCCUAUGUCUAAAUUGAAAAUUGUCUGACUGUUACUUUCCAUUAUUGCCAUACAAAAUUGGUCUCUUCAACAUCUUGAUAUUGACAAUGCUUUCUUGCAUGAAGAUCUUCAUGAAGAAGUCCGCAUGAUCGUUCCUAAAAUUCUGGUAAAGUUUGUCAU